CGAGGGUAGUUUUGUGUUUCAUUAAUUCAAUAUACAGCGACGUGUUGGUGAAGAAACCUUAUCGGAGCAGCAGCCACACGGAGCGGAGCAGCGGAGCGACACCGAGGAUUAAAACCCCGUUAGAAAGAAAAACACCUCGAGUUUUUUUCAAACCGAGCGUGUUUUUAAGAUGAAGACAUCCUGAAGAUGGGUUUAACGCAUUUGGAGAAAUAAAAUCAUCGAAAGGAGGUUUUUAUUUUCUUUCUUUUUUUAUUAUUAUUUUUAAUAUUCACCAGCAGCUGGAGUGAAACAUCUGACUAAAGGAGACGUACAGAAAACCGGGAGGCAUGUCGUCUGAAAAACACGGACUCGACGACUCCGGCCGUCAGACCAUGCAGCCGCCCCCGUACCUCCCUGGCCCCCAGGAUUCCAACAUGCAGCAGCAUCCCAACAUGGCCGCCGUGCCGGGCGCCCAGCCCGGUUAUCCCGCUCCGCCGCCGCCGCCACCUCCGGGCUCCGAGGGAUACCUCCAAGAAACGACGUUCCACUUCGGGACUCCGGGCGCCGCGCAGGGCUACACGGUGCAGACCCAGGGCCCCGGAGGCGCCAUCCAGCACCCGCCCGUGGGGUACAUCCACCCGGGCUACCCGCUGCAGCUGCAGCCAUGCACUGCUUACGUUCCCGUUUAUCCCAUGGCGUCGGGUCAGCCCUACAUGCCAGCAGCAGGAAGCCACCCGGGGAUCCCCCCAGGCCAGAUCCACCCCAUGCAGAUGCCCCCCAGCAUCACCCUGAUGGACCGCCGGCCGCCCCACGACUACCUGCCCAUCGCCGUGCUAACCACCGUGUGCUGCUUCUGGCCCACAGGCAUCAUCGCCAUCAUCAAGGCAGUGAAGGUGCGCAUGGCGAUAGCCCGAGGGGACAUGGUGACUGCGGAAAUAGCGUCCCGUGAGGCCCGCAACUUCUCCUUCAUCAGCCUGGCCGUGGGCAUCGCCUCGCUGGUGCUCUGCACCAUCCUCACCGUGGUAGUCAUCAUAGCCUCGCAGCAUCAUGACGACGACUGGGACCCCUAACUGGUCCCGCUUUCCCAGCAAGAGCGUCUAAAUAUUAUCUAUCUAACUACUGUCAAUCGCUUGGUGAGGAGGGGGGGAAAGGAAAAUGCACCGCUUUUGCUUGUCGGCCCUUUCUGUACAGCUACCCACACAGUUUAAAGACCUAACCUGCUUCUAUCAAACACCCACCAAUGGCCAAAAAUAGCAAGCGGUUGUUAAAUAGGUCCAGAGUGACCACUUAAUAUUUGCUUUCAUAUUAAAAGUAUGAGCUGC